CGUUAACCCCUGCGAAGGCACGCGCCAGGACCUCGCGAGCCGUUACCUUCGGCCAUCUUGGAUUGUACCUGGUUCAUUUAAUUUGUAACCCUUUUUUCCGCGCUCCUAGCACCUCACCAGUAUAGAUCAUAGCAAUGGCGAGCAAGGAAGAGCUUGUGCAGAUGGCGAAGUACGCCGAGCAGGCAGAGAGAUAUGAAGACAUGGCUAAGGCGAUGAAGGAAGCAACAGAGAUUUCGGAAACUCUCGAGCAGGAAGAAAGAAAUCUGCUCUCCGUAGCCUACAAGAACGUGGUCGGUGCUAAGCGCUCUUCAUGGAGAGUCAUCUCCAGUAUAGAGCAAAAGCUUGAAGGUUCAGAGAGGAAGAAGCAGAAUACCGAGACUUAUCGCCAAACAAUUGAGAACGAACUAAAUGAAGUUUGCGAGACCGUGUUGAAACUUUUGGAAUCUAAACUCAUCCCUAAUGCCCAAAGCACGGAGUCUAAAGUGUUCUAUCUCAAAAUGAAGGGAGACUACUACAGAUACGAGGGAGAAGUGGCUGGAGCGGACAGAAGAAGAGAGGUGGUUGAGAAAGCUCUUCAGGCUUACAAGGAAGCCAAGGAGGCUGCUGAAACAGGAGACGGCAAGCUUGCCCCCACUGACCCUAUCCGCCUGGGCUUGGCUUUGAACUUUUCUGUUUUCCACUAUGAGAUUCAGGAAAACCAGGAGGAGGCAUGCAAACUGGCUAAGCAGGCUUUUGAUGACGCUAUUGCUGAGCUUGAUUCGCUUAACGAGGACCAAUACAAGGAUAGCACACUUAUUAUGCAGCUUUUACGGGAUAACCUGACGCUCUGGAGUUCUGAAAAUCAGGAAGAUCAAGGAGAUGACUAGACCACCCCACUUCUGCAUCAGUAGUCCUGUUGUUUGAGCCAGGCUAUCCUGUCUUCUGAUUUCCAAUGGCUGCAAUAGCAUGGAUUUGUAUUAAGCUGCACACGAUAAUACCGACUGCAAGUUGGCAACACAGUUUGGCUCGUUGCCUUUAGCGACUGAUUCUCACACUUAUUACUUUGUCCAGGAAACCAAGGCUGGAUCCUCAAAACAGUUUUUGUGGUCUCAGUAACAGAGAUUUAAAUCUCUUUCAGAACCCCCCUCAUUAUUAUUAUUUUUUUAUUUUUGUAAGCUUCGGGCAUUGCCAUUUCCCUUGCAAUCAGGUAUUAUCAUGUGGGACUCUGGGGAAAGCCUUAAAUAUAGCCUUAUGUAACUAAAACAGAAGAUAAAAGAACACAUGCGUCUGGUUUAUGACUACUUGUAUUCUGGCUUGCAUAUGGACACUCUUGGUCGACGGUUGGUUCCCUUAGGCAGACAACAGUCUGUAAAUAUCUCACUUGGUUUACACUCUUAUGUUUCUCACUUGAGAGUGAAUGUGGAUAAGAGAGAUUGUCUUGGCUAAUUAAUUGUGUAUCCAUUAGCGAAUAAAUAUAUUCACAUUUA